AUGGCCCGCAUCAACAUCCCCAUCGACGCCCUCACGUCGCGCCUGCAGCUCGGCUCGCGCUUCGAGGGCAUGCGCAACACGUCGCUGUCCUCGCGCUUCGCCAACCUGCGCCCCGUCAGCGAGUUCUUUGACAUCAAGCGCCUGAGCAAGCCCCAGAACUUCGGCGAGGUCCAGUCGCGCAUGAACUACAACCUGGCCUACUUCAGCUCCAACUACCUCGUGCUGUUCGUCAUGCUGGCCUUCUACUCGCUGCUCACCAACCUGACGCUGCUGUUCGUCAUCCUGCUCGUCAUCGGCGGCAUGUACGGCAUCGGCAAGCUGCAGGGCGCGGACCUGGACGUCGGCUUCGCCCGCGCCACCUCCAGCCAGCUCUACACGGGCCUUUUCUGCGUCGCCGUCCCGCUGGGCCUGUGGGCCUCGCCCAUCUACACGGCGCUGUGGCUCAUCGGCGCCUCGGCCGUGACCAUUCUCGGCCACGCGUCGUUCAUGGACAAGCCCAUUGAGUCAGCUUUUUCCGAGGAGGCGGUCUAG